AUGGAUUCCAGACAGCCAGAGAAUGACGCACAAGAAGACGCGACACUGGUGAUGACGCCUCAUGCCGACGUAGUCGGGAUCAUCCCUUCGGCGCCGCCCCUCGAGACCAGGUGGCCACCAUUCGCGCUCUGCCGUUACGCCGGCGGCUUCUGGUUGCCCGAGUUCAAGGCGCUUGCCUUCGCGACGCUGAAGCGUUCCACGCACCCGCCGUCCGACGGCGACCACCCGCUGCGCCAUCGCAGCCCCCACGAGUGCGUCCGGUUCCUCGAGAUCGAACUCAACGACAGGAACAAGGACGAGUUCGAGGCGCUCCCGUCCCCGCGCGUGCUCGCUACGCAUCUUCCCUAUUCCCUGCUGCCCGGCAGCAUCACCGAGGACGGGGAGCGCUUGGGGUGCCGGAUCGUGUAUGUCUGCCGGGAACCCAAGGACGCGCUGGUCUCCUACUGGCUGUUCACGAGGAAGGCGGCGGCGGUGAGGGGACUUGACGUCCGGUCGUUCACCAUCCAGGAGGCGUUGGAGCUGUUCUGCGAUGGCCGGUGUCCGGGCGGCCCGCAGUGGCUGCACGUCCUCCAGUACUGGGAGGAGAGCUUGAGGAGGCCUGAAAGGGUGUUGUUCCUUAGGUACGAGGAGAUGUUGCUUGAGCCUGAGGCGCACGUUAGGAAGCUAGCGAAGUUCAUGGGCUGA